CAGACGUGUCGUGGCGGUUCACGUGGAGAAUGCCGGGAUGUCCGUGCGGUCCGUGAACGCAGCAGGACAGCUCGUGAGACGCCAGCAGGACGGAGACAAAUCCAAUCAGCAGCGCUCAUGUCCCGGUUCCAGACGCUGCUGCUGCGGGAUGGCUUCACUCUGAGGCCGUUUGAGAACCAGCACACGCCCAGUGACGGUGCUGCCAUGGCGUCAGGAUCCCCAGAUGUGAUGACCAGUCAGGAGCCUGCUGAGGUCCAAGAGGAGUGCUCAGGAAAGAAGAAAUCCAGAUUCCAGACUUUUAAAAUGUUCUUUGCUAGAAAGAAGAGGAAGGAGCCCCAGACGACUGAAGGCGAGGGGGGCCUUAAAGCGAGCCAGUCCAGCGACAAUGUCAGCGAAACAUCAGAGAACAACACACUCACUCGUUCGGAGAAAGAGAGGGGGUCUGGGUCCAGAAUCAGUCUGGGCAACAAGGCCUUGUCGCAUGACUCUGUCUUUGUCUCAGACUCGUCAGAAGCCACUGAGGGACUCGGAGCGUCUCAGGACAGCAUCCAUGGGAAAGUCAAAUCACUGCAGCUGCAGCUAAAGCAGGCCAUCAGGCUGGGAUCUCCUCCAUCUUUGAUGUGUGUGAAGAAGACAGAAGAUGCUGGAACCAUGUCUGAGGAUGAUGGUCUACCCUGUAGUCCACCUGAAUACACAAGCCACCGCGCCGAGCUGACGCAGGCUCAGAGGAACGGCUCCAACAGCUUGCUGGCUGUCGACAGUGAUGAUGAUGAUGAUGGCAAGCGGUCCGGUGCAACCUCCAGCAGAGCCGUGAGCCCCCUGGUGGUACCUGGAGACUUCAGUCAGCCGGCGAGUCCCUUUGGCUGCCUGGACAACUCUGCUGCCAAACACAAGCUGGGCCUCAGGCACAAAGCCUACAACAAAAGGAAACCUGCCAGUAAGCUCGAGUUGAACGCAGAAGAAGAUUGCAGACCAGAGGAGGUGAUAACCAUCUUCGUGCCAGGAGCAGGAACUAUGGAGCAACAAGUGAAAGAGACGUCAGAAGUUUCUGAUUCAGGUGAAAGUGGUGAUCAGCUUGAACCAAAAGUAGAGAGGGAGGAGGAGGAGGAGGAGGAGGAAGAGGAGGAAGCAGCACAGGAAGCUUCUCACGCUCUGGACACUUCCUGUGUGCUUGAGCCGAUGGUCUCAGAGGACGAGGUCUCUGAUGACCAGCCCCUGAUCUCCUCUGCAGACAGUUCAAGGGUUUCGCCAGAGCCCCCUGCUGGUCUGAGAGAGUCCAGCCCCGCAGGCGUCUCCUGUGGAGCAGAAGACCGUGAUUCCGUAUCAGAGGGAGAAGAUGUGGUCCAGAGGAGCGAUGAGGUGGCGAGCUCCUUCUUAGAAGAGGUGCUGAGCUCCCUGAAGACUCCUCUCUCUUCCCACGUGGCUGAUGAGGAGACUGAAGGUGUCGUCAUGGAGACGAAGGAGGAGACGAAAGAAGAGCAGAACAAGGAGGUAGAGACAGAUCAAAGUGUGGAGAUGAUGGAAGAGGAAGAAGAGGUAGAGGAACCUGUUGGCUGUCAGGAUGCUUCGUUCUCGUCAGUCCUGUCUGAUCAGACCCACGAGGAAGAGGAGGAGCUUCCCAACACUUACUCCCUAGAGGAGGAAGAUGUGGAGAUGGGAGAGAAGGCUGAAAGUAGAGAGGAGGAUGAAGCUGUGGAGCAGCUCACUAGGCAUGAUGGAGAGGAGGACGAGUCUGAAGAAGAAAACCAUGCUCUUCAAAACCAUUCAGAGGCCCAGUCGGAGGAAGAGGAGGGAGGAGCAGCAGAGGUGAUGGAGGAGAAACCCGAGCUGGAGGAGGAGAUGUUGGAUGUAAACCAGGCAGAGUGUAAUGAUGAGGAGGAGGUGGAGGAGGAAGAGAAUGAAGGGAGAGACGUUGAGGAGAAUGAGGAAGAAGAGAGAGGUGUUGUAGAGGAAAUGGGAGAGAUGAUUUCUGAUUCCCAGGAUGAGGAAGAUCCACACAUCUCAUCUGUUCAGGAGGCAGAAGGAGGUGAGGGAGGAGAUGAUUCGGCAUCCACCAACGGUGAGAUUGUUCCAGAAAUGAGUGAUCUGGAGGUCGAUAUUGGGAGGGAGGGGCAGAAAGAUCUGAACCAGAACUCUGAAGAUGAAAGGGAGGAUGAAGAAGAGGAGGCUGAAUUAACAGAACCGAAGUCUGAGGAAGAGGAGGUGACUCAUCCUGAUGAGGCUAGAGAAGACCUGGAGCAGGAACACGAGGAAAUCAUCUCCUCCUUCACUAUGAAACCAGUACAAGAUCCAGAGGAGGCUGCAGAACAAACCAUGGUUUCAUCCAGACCUCCUUCUCUGUCUUCUCUCUCUCCUCCCGAGUCACAUCCCGACUCUCCAUCAGAAAAAGGUCCAGUCAGUUCUUCCAGUAAGACCACCACCGUACACAUUAACCUGGCCUCUCCCAGCUCCGAGAAGUCCACUCACCCAUUCCAUCUGAGUCCAGUUGCUGCAGAUCCCAGUGAAAGUGUCUGUGAGUCUCCUCGUCCACCUCCUGACGGGGAGUCCACAAGGUCAUCACCUCCAGAAGAAGACCAAGGGCGGUCCGUCUGGGGAGGUGAUGAUUUAUGUCCAGCAUCAGUGCAGGAAGUGGUUCCCCAGCCAGCAGAUCAGAGUAAGGUCCGCUUCACCGUCGCCCCCGCGUGGCAGAGGUCACAGAGUUUGACCUCCUCUUCAACCGGACACGUGUCCCCGCCUCCUCCACUGCCAGAACCCAAAGGAGACGACGAAGACUCUACAGCAGAAACCCCCCCGGCCGGUUCUCCUCAGACCACAGCUGCUGUGACAACACCAGAGAGCUCCGUGGUGGUCGAGGGAAACCCGGAGAAUCCUUUUGGAGUUCGGCUCAGGAAGACAUCAGCUCUGCGCCGCUUCAGCUCCGAGGAGGAAACCUUAGAGGCUCCAGGUGAGGCCCAAGUUCAGCCAGUCGGUGUUAAAGUGGACUCAGCUCAGACCCCCCUGUGUCCUCCACCCAACAACAAACCUGCGGUCCCUAAGAAACCAGAGGUCCACGGCGACGCCGGAGGGAAACUCAGACGGAUCUCAGAACCAGCUGCAGGUCGAGGUGGUCCCGGUGGGUCAGAUCCUCCCAGCUGGAUCUCCAUGGCCAAACAGAAGCAGAAGGUCUAUAAGGAGAACUCGCUGGAUGAGAUCACAGUCAAGAAGGAGGAACAGGAGCGAAAGUCUUCGUUACCAGUCAGUGUCAGCAGAGAGCACAGCAACAAAGCAAAAGGGGGUCCUUCAGUGACCAGUACACCUUCAGCGUUUGUAGAAAAGGAGACCAGGAAGGUUUUUUCUCCUCCAACUCCAGUGCCUCCUCAGCCUUUAAAGUCCCAGCUGCUCCUCGUCACCCCCAAACCUCAGGCCCCCCCACCCACAUCCAAGCCUCCCCCACAAACCAACUCCCCCCAGAUGCCCCCAGCCCCAGCGACUCCCCUCCACAUCUCUCUGAAGUCUCCUCCUUGCACGACCCCAUCACAGAUCUCCAAAACUGCCACGACAACUGACACGCCUGUUGUCACUUCACCUCCCUUUUCGUCCAGAACCUUCCCAGAGAGGCCCGUUCUCAGAGCUCCAGAGCUCCCCCUACAGGCAGCGUUCCCUCAGCGCAGACCUCCUUCCCCAGCUCUACCUCAUGACGAGCCACCCUGGAUGGCACUGGCCAAGAAGAAGGCCAAAGCCUGGAGCGAAAUGCCACAAAUAGUCCAGUGACGGGCCGAGUUUUACGUGGUUCUGAUGCAGUGGGUCCAAUUUAAAGCUUCAUCAUGUAAUUGCACACAUUUCCGUUUAUCCCAGCUUCAAGCUUCCGAUCAUCUAUAAACGUCCAGUUUUCCUGCUGUCCUCCUGCAGAUGUCCCGUUAGCAUCUGUUAGCCGUCUUAACGGGGACCACUCGUUCCAAACCAUCUGUGUAAAUAAUACUUUUCUUUCAUAAUUUUGGAGUUUUCUUUUUGAUUCUUCAGAUGUAUAAAGACCAGUCCAGCAGAAGCUUACUAUCUCCACCCGUCUUCAUGAGCUCUCGUCAGCACAUCAUUAUGGAAGCCUUCUUUGUUGUAAAUAAAACCUAAAUCACUCGCCGCUGUGGCUGUAAAGGUUCUGAUCACCAUGUAGGAGGAGGUACCCACCCGCCGUCCUCUGUGACAUUUACGUUACUCUUCUGGUUUUACUUUGUUGUCUCUUGUACAUAAAUUAAAAGCCUAAUGAAAUCACA